AUGUCAGACCUAUCACGCAAUGAUAUCAAAACUCUGGCCCUGUGCCUCUACAACGACCCAACACUUCAUGAUUCCGACCAUGACAAAAUCCGUUCCCUCAUCACCCAUCUACCCAACCACCUUCGAGACCCCAAAUUUACCAGUAUCAUCACUGAGCCUCGCCAUGCCGCCAAACCCUGCCUCGUUCAUGCGGGAAUUGCCUCGCUGGUGGUGUCUUCUCUUUUCACUUCGUUGCAAAAGCAGGUAGACGAGUCUGUGCCUCUUUUGAAGGAAAGAUAUGGGCUCUGCUUUGGUCCUGAAGAGAUUUACUUGCUUGAAAGAAUGACCAUUAUCGAGGGGAUGUGGUCACCCCCUACUGCAAGGACAGGACCUACCAAAAUGAGAUACUGGGAUUACCAAGUCAACAAGUGCCAGGCCUGCAUGAUUUCACGAGUUGCUGCUGACUCUUCGGCGCUUCGUGACAUGAGAACCUUGCUCCUGGCCACCAUCGACAGCAGUACCAAAACCCCUGAAUCGCGUCUCCUACCAAAUCACCCUACGCUCCUUUCUUUUAUCAACGAGUGGAUCAGUCUCAACAGUCGCUCAGAUGAGCUUUUCUACUUUUCUGGGAUCCAGGCUGGCUCGAUCAAAGCAGUCAAGGAAAGGGUAGAAGAGCCACUUGCAGCAACGCCAAGAUGCCAUGGAAACAAAAACUUCUCUUAUCCCAGUGCUCCUUACACAGCCCAUACAUCCUCAGGCUCGUCUUUUCAGUCAACUGGGAUCUUCACACCCACGCGCACUCCCGGAGGUUCCACAUCGUCCAAGGUAUCGAGUACUUUUGAGUGGCCUGCUUUGGCAACUCGCUAUCCAAUCUCAGACUCUGAAAGUACUGUUAUAACAGCACCGACUCGUGGCCGCGAACCUGGUGUUUCUUUUCCGUCUCAGACUUCCAGCUCUUCUUCACAAUGGCUUCCUUUCCAGCAGCAACAACAACAACAACAGGCCUACCCACAAGACAGUUUCACCUACGCCAACACCCUCCCGACAAACAUCCAUUCUACGCAUUCUUUCUCGCCACACGACGGCGUGAAGGACAAUUCCUUCAUCGAGCGUGACACACCAGCCCCUCGCCGUCCCCACGGCACAAAUCCAGAAGCCAGCCAGGACCGACCAAACUCCUUGGAGAGUACCAGUACCAGGUCAAGCCACGCCUCGUUCAUGUCGUUCAUCAGGCGUGAAAUGCCCUCUGCAUCCCCGCCUCAUCCAUCCCCUCCUCCUCCUCCUCCUCUUCCUCGUCGUCGUUGCAUGGAUCUACCACGGGCUUCUAAACCCGAUCUACAUUGGGAGGACUCGGGGGUUGGCAUUGGUUAUCCUACCCGGGACGAAUCCACUUGGACUUUUCUACACGACAGCAGUACCACCAGUGACGAGGCUGAGCAGCAGCAGCACCAGCAGGGGCAAGGACAAACACAGCCUAGGAAAAGCGCCUUCACCGAGGCUAGCGAGCAGCAACAGGAAGACGAUGAAACUCCACUGAUAUCCAGAUGGAGCGCGUCUUCUUCCAUUCAUCCUUGGAGCAACCUGCUCAAAAGAACUACUCGCGGUCCACGGCUGGGCAAGGUCAAGACAGGCAGGGCAAUUUUCAAACCUGUCACUGAAAAGGAGGGGAAAAAGAAUAAAAAGGCAUGA